AUGUCGACAAAACCGACUUUUGCAAAGACCACCCCGAAUGGUGCACGCCGCGCUGGCGUUGCAAACGAUGGGCAAAAACUCGCGCGAUUAUGUGCUCGUUCUUCUUCUUUUUCUUCUUCUCAAAGUAAAUGCAGAGGGAAAAGAUGCACGAGCGGAACGUGCUGCACUAAAGCGUCGUCGUCGUCAAAAGAUGAAGCGUCUUCAACAAACGUCCGAUACGAAGGCAUCGCGCUCCCGACGUUAUUAAACAACAUCCCACACACGAGAGAAAUCCGACGUUUUUUUUACGACGACGCCACGGAGAGCGUUUUGAGAGCGAUUAAAGAUGACAGAAAUGUGCGCAUGAAAGUCUUUACUGAAUUCCCGGAGAUGAACGUGGAAGGGGACGUGUUUCGAGCGGGAACGUUGCUGGAGAUGGUGCGAACGAUGGCGACGGAAUUAGCGAGGAUGGAGAGGAAAGACGGGAGUGGUGGGAAGCAGAGGGUGAAACUGUGCGUCCAAGGGAGCAUGGGGACUGGCGUCUUUCAAGGCUUGCCGCUGGCGCUGAGCGGGAUAUCUCGCUUGAUCGAUUUGAUGGAUUGGGAAGAAGACGUGGCGGAGAGAAUUAGCAACGGGGCGAUUGGGAAAGACCACGCGAAAGACGACGAGGACGUGUUUAUACUCAUUUGCCCGCAGAAUAUCGUCGGGUAUAGCAUAUUACCGUACAUGGAAGAAAUGAUGGAAGUCGCGGGUAAUCGACCGAUGAUUUUGUUAAAUCCAAAGCUCGGCGACAUUCAAAGCGCCGGGAACGUCAUGUCCAUUCGAGGCAGGCAAGGACGAAUGGAAUUUGCCAACAGUUGGGAAGAAAUAUACCAUUUCCGCUUGCUCUACCGCAAACCGUUCUUUUUCCCGAUAUACGGCGCGCUCCGGAAAAGCUAUUCGAGCGCGGAAGAAGACGAUACGUGGGAAUUGUACAAACGAUUCGGCAAAAUGGACGACGAGUAUUAUCAGUUGAUGGAGGUGUAUAAGAAAGAACCGAAUCCAGACCAGAUGACCAAAGUUAUUUGGGGGAAGCGGUAA